AUGGCGAAAAGAUCUCAAGAAGAGAAGAUCACUCCUGACUUUAGCAUCUCCGACUAUGCCAAGUUCUUCGGCGCCGGCGCCCUAGCAGCGACAGCCACCCAUGGUGCCGCUACACCCAUUGACGUAGUUAAAACCCGCAUCCAGGUUGACGAUGCCCUUAAAGGCUAUAACAUGUUCCGCGCGGCGCGACAAAUCAUCGCCGGCGAAGGCGCCGGAGCUCUGCUCACCGGCUUCGGCCCAACGGCCGUAGGCUACCUGGUGCAAGGCGGUGGAAAGUUCACCGGGUACGAGUUCUUCAAGAAGCAGUUCAUCGAGAUGACGGGGUCAACUGAGAAGGCCGUUGAGCACCGCACCGCCAUUUACCUGGGAGCCAGCGCGACAGCUGAGUUCUUCGCUGAUAUUGCCCUUUGUCCUCUCGAGGCGACGCGCAUUCGGCUCGUGUCGCAGCGGAACUUCGCCUCUGGUCUGGGAUCCGGAUUCAUGAAGUUGGUGAGAGAAGAAGGGUUGAGGGGUUUCUACUCUGGAUUCGUGCCAUUGCUGUUCAAGCAGGUCCCGUACGCCGUGGGACAGUUCUCCGUGCACGAGGCGGCGAAUGAGAUCAUAUUCCGGGCCAUGGGCCCCGAGAGGAAGGCAAAGCUGACACAUUUAGAGAAUACGGGGGUGGAGCUAACGUCUGGUAUGGUGGCGGGUGUUGCGGCGGCGGUCUUGUCGCACCCGGCGGAUACGCUGCUAUCAGCUAUCAAUAAGGGGGCGGGAGAUAAGAGCCAGAGCACGACUAGUCGAAUGUUUACGCUUGCGCGCGAGUUUGGGCCCAAGAGGUUGUUUACUGCUGGCUUGGGACCUCGUAUUGUCAUGACGUGUGGACUUGUUGCCGGGCAGUUCGUCAUCUAUGCGCAGUGCAAGACUUUGGUGGGCGCUGCUCCGGGGAUUGAAAUUCAUAAGGAGAAGAGCCUGUAA